AUGAGUUUCCUCAAAGAACUGCAGAAGCGCAAAAAUGUGCUAAAGAAAACAGAAACGGUUGUCACUAAAGUCGACGGCCAACGGUACGUCGAGAAAGACUCCGUUGUAACAGCUAUAUGUCCGAACCCUUACGGAUUUGUAGUAGAUACGAAACCUGACAAUGUUCCCGCGUUAAUAUCGGACCAUGUGUACAUAGGAUCACAAGAUUGUACAGCCAGCAAUGUCAUAGAGGCUUAUAAUAUUAAACAUGUGCUUAGUUUAGGCAUAAACGUUGAUAUAUCAAUCAGCAAUAAGUUCAUUAACUGCUUAGAUUUACCUGAAACUGAUAUCAAGGAGGUUUUGUUAGAAAGUUUGCCAUACAUUCGUAAGGCUGUAGAUUCCAAAGAGAAUGUUCUAGUUCAUUGCAAUGCGGGCGUUUCGCGUACUUCUAUGGUGGCUAUAGCUUAUCUAAUGCACUAUGAGAAAAUGGAGUUUGAAAACGCUUAUGAUUUAGUGAAAAGUAAAAGGCCUGCUAUACAACCUAAUGAUGGAUUUAGAAAACAAUUGAAGGCUAUGCAGCCUGGACAAAUAAUAUAGCUGAAUGAAGUUUGAAUUAUUGUAGACUCUACUGCUUAGGUAAUAAGUGUUAACUGAAUGUUAAGUU